AUUUGACAAGCAACUCGACUGCAUUGGGUUAUACAGGAAAUGUCAGACCAAGACAUGCACUGUGCCAAUGAUGAGUUGAUAUCUGUUGCUCAGAAUGACAAUUCUAGUCAUAUUGCUGGCUCAUCUCAAGCUGAUCAAGCAAUUGAUGGAAUGCAUUCAAGUUUUGGAGCAGUUGAUGGAAUGUAUUCAAAUUCUGGAGCAGUUGAUAUGUUCGAUUAUAGUUCAGGUAGCAACUCAAAAUCAAAGCUGUUACAACAACCAGUUACUGGAAUGGAUGCAGGAGCUUCUUCAUGGCCCAAUCUAGGGUCAGGUUCGGUUUUAUCUGUUCCCAACGAGGCAGCAUCCCGAAAUCGCACUAGAAUGGAAUAUACUCCUGUUGAACGAUUUACCAACGAUUUUAAAAAUGGUCGUUUUCAUCGUCAGUCUAAAAGCUCGUUAUCCACAUCAAUUGGACAGCCAUUAAAACCAACGCCAGAAUUUAAAACACAAACUUCUGUUGGAGCAGGACUUCGAGUUGUUUAUGGGAAUUUCACGACAAUUGAUUGGAUACAUGACUCUACAAAAGAACGAUCUCGAAUCAGCAAUCUGCAUAAGCUUGCUGGUAUUUGGGGCAUUAUUGUACGCUUUUGGGACGCUGGCCAAACCUGGGUUUUGAUUUUAACUAUUGGUGCGAUAACAGGCUGGCUUGCUGGAUUUAUUGAUAUAUCUGAGCAAUGGCUAAGCGAUAUUCGCAAUGGAUACUGCUCUGCUGGAUUUUACCUGAAUAAGCGAUUUUGCUGCUGGCUUACUCCAGGACCUGGAAAAUGUAUCGAGUGGGUACAAUGGAGUAUACCAUCUGGAGAGUAUUGGCCAUGGGGUGUCGAAUAUCUCUGCUAUAUAAUUACGGCAAUUAUAUUUGCUGUUACCAGUGCUAUUCUCGUAAAGCAAUAUGCUCCAUAUGCUGCAGGAUCGGGUAUCCCAGAGGUCAAGACAAUUCUUGGAGGAUUUGUGAUUAGAAAUUUUUUGGGGGUCUGGACGCUUGUAGUCAAAUGCCUUGGGCUAGUACUUUCGGUUGCGUCGGGACUGUCUGUAGGAAAAGAAGGUCCUUUGGUGCAUGUUGCCUGCUGCGUUGGAAAUAUUUUAUCUAGUUUUGUAAAAAAAUAUCGGCACAACGAGGCCAAGAGGCGUGGACUAUUGAGCGCGGCAUGUGCAGCAGGUGUGUCGGUUGCUUUUGGAGCACCAAUAGGAGGAGUUUUGUUUUCACUCGAGGAAGUGUCCUACUAUUUCCCAUAUAAAACAAUGUGGCGAUCGUUUUUUAUGGCAAUGAUUGCUGCCAUUUCACUUCAACUCGUUAAUCCAUUUAGGACAGGGAAGUUGGUUUUAUUCCAAGUGACGUACAAUCGAGACUGGCAUUUUUUUGAACUGCCGUUUUUUAUACUUCUUGGAAUUCUUGGGGGAUUCUAUGGUGCAUUUUUCAUUCGAUUGAACAUCAUGUAUAAUUCAUUUCGCAAAACAGGCUGGCUUAAAGAAUGGGCAAUUCCAGAAGUAGCAGUUGUUGCAUUAUUUACGUCGCUUCUAUCAUUUCCAUUUACAUUUUUGCGAGAGAAUUCUGCCGAACUUGUUUCGAAUCUAUUUCGCGAGUGCUCUGAAGUUGAAACUGAUUCUUACGGACUUUGCAAUGCAUCUCAAAUUGGCACAAUCAUACCAUUACUAUUGCUUGCAGCACUGUUAAAAAUUCUAUUGACUGUAAUCACUUUUGGAAUGAGAAUUCCUGCUGGUAUCUUUCUUCCAUCCAUGGCAAUUGGGGCAUAUGUUGGACGAGCCUUGGGAAUUGCGGUUCAAUCAUGGCAAAGGAUCAUGCCGGAUUUGUGGAUAUUUACAUCUUGUAAGCGGGCUAGUGCUGGUGCUGAAUGUGUGACACCUGGAACUUAUGCAAUGGUAGGCGCGGCAGCCAGUCUUGCUGGAGUCACUAGAAUGUCUGUAUCAUUGACAGUGAUCAUGUUUGAGCUUACUGGAGCCCUUUCUUAUGGAAGAGUUCACUUUAUUUUGACGCAUAUUGUAGUCUUGCCUAUUAUGAUCACUGCGCUUGUUGCUAAAUGGGUUAGUGAUAUAUAUGGAAAGCAUGGCAUUUAUGAGUGUCUUAUUACUCUCAAUGGAUACCCUUUUCUUAAUCCCAAUGAAGAGUACACACACACGACGUCGGCGGCAAAUCUGAUGACAAGACUGGAAGAUAUUGAGACGAUAUCUGCAACUGGACACACUAUGGGCAGUCUUGAAGAGCUACUGGCUUCUACCAAAGUUAAAGGAUUCCCUGUUGUUAAACCACAAGGUUCACUCACUAUUGGAUACAUUGGACGCGCAGAACUCCAAUUUGCAAUAGAAAAAGCCAAGGCGGAGAGCGAUGUAGUCGGUAAUAGUCUAGGUAUUUUUACGGAUAUGUUGGCGUUGGACGAUUCUCUGCCUGCCAUCGACUUUCGCCAAUGGGUUGAUUACACACCCGUAAAGAUACACCCGAAAUUCCCAAUCGAUAUGCUGGUAGAGCUUUUCAAAAAAAUGGGUCUUCGAUAUGUACUAGUAACCAGAAAUGGACAGCUGCUUGGCAUCAUUACUAAAAAAGAUAUUCUAAGAGACAUCCACUUGCGCGAGUAGUUUGGCAGCACUUGAAACCCAGACAUUAAUACUGGGUGAGCAGACAUGUGAAAAUAAAUAAACUACUUGUUGCGCUUU